AUGUCUUCACUGAAGGAAAUCUACAAGACCUACAUUCAAGCAAUAAACGACCGCAACUGGGCUCUCGUCAUAAGCUUAGUCCACCCUACGGUUAUCUGGAACCAAAAGCCUUACCCGGCGGAAAAAUAUGUCACGUUGAUGACUCGAGCUACAGAUCCUGCUCCGGAUUUAAAAUUCCAUAUAGAUAUUUUAGUAGCCGACGAUACUGGAGACGAGCAAAUGGUUUCGGCACGGUUAUUGAUUAAAGGUACGCCAGAGAAAGAGUUUCUGGGAUUUAGACCGACCGGGGAGAGUGUAGAAGUUGUGGAGCAUGUGUUUUAUAGGUUUGUGGAGGGGAAGAUAAAGGAGGUGAAGACGGUGAUUGAUAUAGAGGGGUUGAGGGAUCAAAUGGUGUACGAUAAAUCGUUUUGA